CUUUUUUGUUAUCUUAACAAAUGUUUUCUUGUCAAUAUGACAUGGGUGUGUGUAGAAAGUUGAUAUAACUUCAAAUAAGCAAUUAACAGCGCCUCAACUACAUGGAAGUUAACCAAAUUGAAAAUCAAUGUUAUGUUAGCUAGAAAGACCUAGUUGAGUUAAAAAACCAGGCUAAAAUUGGUCGUUUAUGCGUCAUCACGUUGUACGCUGAGAGUCACGUGGUACGACUUGCGUGCCUGCGUGACUUUGAAUCCACCGGGAACGGGAAGGCACUGCCGCCAUCUUUCUGCGCAGUGAAAAGGAGAUACCGGAGCGGACUCUUUUACUCGACAGAAGGUGAGUGCAAAUUCUUAUAAACAUACAUGUAAUACUUCUGAAACAUUUAAUGUGUUUGGUAUUGCGUGAUACUCGUUAAUUGUAAACUUAACUGAAAAAAAUGCAAGCUUUACACUGAGCAGAGUUUUUCUUAACCACUUAGCUUACUAGCUAGCCUACUUAAACAUAUAUGUUCGACAGCACAGUAAAUAUCGAGUGUAAUGACAUUAAUUUACAUCGAAAGUUGUACUUUUCAUUGUCACUGGUGGCAGAAAACGAAUUAAAAAAUUUCAACAGGUAGCGUUUUACACGAGGCGGUAGCGUUUUACACGAGGCGGCACCGUUAAACUGGCUGCCGGAAUGUGGCCUACACACAGCGCCCUCGUGUUAGUUCAAACACCAGAAACAACGUCUCCGCUCCAGUCUGCGAUGCCAGAGCUGAUUUUAAUCAUGAGUUAGUAACAACCGCAUCAUAUUUUAAUUUUUAAAAUAGUCAAUUUCCUAGUGCCAUUUGUGAACUAAACGAGAGCUUUUCCUUGCUACCUGUUUGAAUGAAUAGGCUAUGCAAUAACCUUAAUCACGUGUUUUUAUUAAUCCAAUUUUCAUGGGGUUUUAAUCUUGCGGUCACAGUAAAAGUACGGCAGACUUGGCGUCUGUUUUUUAUUUUUUAUUAUUUAAUUUAAACCACUGCUGGACGGCCAUAGUCUGCUGUGAACGUCACGGGCACAUCUACAAACAGGGCUGCUGAUAUUGGCUGCUGUUCAGGCUUCUGUGGUGUUGUAUUUAUUCUUGGCUGGCCGCGGACCUGUGCGCGCGCGCACACGCAUGACAAGGUUGAAUUGGACCAUAACGUUAUUCAGCGGUCUUCAAUAGCUCCCAAUAGAUUUAAAGUAUUGUAAAUGGAACUUUGCCGUUUACAAGACCGGUGCACGUGUCAUGCUUUAAGAUGCCCCUUUGAAUAGAAAUGAGAAAGUGCUAUAUUUGUUAUGAAUUGCCCUGGCAUUUUAAGAAUCAUUAACAAAUAAAUAAAUACAAAUAAAUAAAUAUCAGCUUAACUGUCUUUUACACUGAACUUUUAGACUUAUUAUAGAGAUAUGUGUACUGUUGUAUGUAAAUAGGAAAUGGUUAUUUAACUACCAAGUCACAUAUCUGUCCUAAUUCUCCUUUUUUCUCCCUUCUGUUUCCAGUUUUACAUGCUGAAAAUGCAAAUGUCUACAUGUUUUGAAUGCAAACGGAAAUGCGGUGGAUUUUGACUGUCAUCUAGUUUUCCGAUCACAACAAUCUCUGAAAAACCACUUGAGACAACAUGGAGUUUCACAGCAUGGACCUAUUGGACAUUUAAACUUUAAAAUUAACUGUCAGUUAUGCAAUUUCAAUGAUCCAGUGACUAUAAAACAGUAUUUCUCUCAUCUUGGGAAACAUCUUAAAAGCAAAGAGACUGUUACCUGCCCCUUAAAUCAUUGUUCUUUCAAAUCAAGUGUUUACUCUACCUUUACUUCACACAAAAGUCGUUUUCAUAACAAUGUCACACUGCAAGACUUGAAAUCUGAGCUUGUUAUUCAAACAAAUGUAAAUGAGGAGCACCUGGUUGAUCAAGUGCAGUCAGAUAUCAGUGACGCUGAAUUUUCUGGGGGUGAGAAUAUAACCGAGCAGGAGGUUAACACUGAUACAGUUCAGGCAAGACUUGCAUCUUUAUUUCUGCGAUUGCAAGCAGUUUUGCAUGUCUCAAAGACAGCGGUUCAGCAAAUAGUUACAGAAUUGAGGGAUAUUGGUGUUUUAGUUGGUGAGCUAAACAAAAACACUCUUGAUAAAGCAUUGAGGCAGCAUGGUUGUACCAUUGAUGAAAACACUUUAAAUAUAGUUAAAGAUACUUUGUGCCAGGCUAAUCAUUUUAGCUGUCUUUCUGAAGGUGGGUCUUUGGGAACUGACAAAAGAAGGUUAUCAUUUUUCAAAGAAAACUUCAGUGUUAUUAACCCAGUUGAAUUCGUUUUAGAUUUGUCAUCAAAACGAACAUUUGUUUAUGUGUCAAUCUUGGGUGUUCUUCAAGUAUUGUUAAAUAGGGGUGAUGUACUUGACAGAGUUUUAGAAGAAAGCCAAAAAUCACAAUCUGGCCAUUAUACAUCAUUUUCUGAUGCAUCAUACUGUAAAGAAAAUCCACUUAUUUCUGGUGAAGAUCUGAGUAUUUCUCUGGCCUUGUAUAUUGAUGAUUUCGAAGUCUGUAAUCCUUUAGGGACAUCAAGAAAAAAACAUAAAUUGUGUGCCAUCUAUUGGAUAAUUGCUAAUUUACCUGUAAGAGACAGAUCAUCAUUAUCUACUAUAUAUCUGGCUGCCCUAUGCAAAAGUCAAGAUGUUAAAACAUUUGGUUACAGUCCAAUUGUUCAACCAUUACUAAGAGACCUAAAAUUGCUUGAAAAUCAAGGAAUUUACAUCAACAGAUUGGGAACUAGUGUCAGAGGCACAGUACUAUACAUUUCAUCAGAUAAUUUGGGGGCACAUUCUUUUGCUGGCUUUCAAGAAUCAUUUAAUGUGGACAAGUUUUGCAGAUUUUGCCUUGCAAGUCGUAAAGAUAUUCAAACUUGUUCUGUAAGAAGUGGUGCAUUUGUAUUGAGAACAAGAGAGUCGCAUAACCUAGACCUCUCUGAGCUUAAAGAAAAUGUGACUUUGAAAAGUGUGAAUGGGGUAAAAAGGGACUGUGUUCUAAAUGAGCUACAGUACUUUCAUUGCAUCACAGGGUUUCCACCUGACUUUUUGCACGACCUGUUGGAAGGCAUUGUACCCUUUGAGCUGUGUUUGUGUUUGAAAAAAUUAAUUGAUAAGAAAUAUUUCACUGUAGAUAAUUUAAAUACUGCCAUACAGCACUUUCCUUAUAAGUUCUCAGACAAAACCAAUUGCCCUCAGAAAAUUCCAGUAAAUUUUCAUUUGGUUGGAACAAUAGGAGGGAAUGGCCAUGAGAAUUGGACUCUGUUAAGGUUGUUGCCAUUAAUUAUUGGUGAUGUUGUUCCUGAAAAUGAUAACGCUUGGUCUGUGAUUCUCGAACUGAAAGACAUUGUUGAAAUCUUGGUAUCGUCCACUUUCACAGAAGAAAGCCUCUCUUACUUGGAAGCAAAGAUCUUUGAACAUAGGACACUUUUAAUAGAAGUGUUUCCUGAUGUAAAACUCAAACCCAAACAUCAUUUCCUUGAACAUUAUCCCUGUCUAAUUCGAUGCUUUGGACCUGUGGUUGACUUCUGGACAUUUCGCUUUGAAGCUAAACAUAGCUUUUUCAAGAAAGCGGUCCGUGAUCUAAAUAACUUCAAGAACAUUGUUUUAUCCUUGGCCAACAGACACCAACUUAUGUUGUCAUACUUUUUUGACAUGCCGUGCCUGUUCAAGCCAGCAGUGGAAGUAGAAAGAGCAACAUACAGUUCCCUUGAAAAUCUGUCAACCUCAGUCAGACAAGCUAUUCAGCACAAAUUCAGUCAUCUGACCAGUGCAUCACUUGCAACAACAGCCUUUAUACAUGGGACAAAAUAUGUAAAGGGAAUGUACGUAUCAUUUGGAAGCACAAGCGGACUUCCUGAUUUCUGUCAAAUUCUGUACAUUGUGGUAGUGGACAACAAGGCAUUCUUUAUUCUUCAACCUUUCUCUGCCUGGUACCUGGACCACUUCAGAUGUUUUGAAGUUUGCAGCGCUGAUGAUCUCCAACUGGUUGUGGUCGAACCUGCAGAGCUGAACCACUACGCCCCUCUGUCAGCCUACACCGUGCAAGGAAGACACCUGAUUUCUCCGAAGGCAUCCCUACUGCACUGAGUUGGGAUUCACCAUGUUGCUGCGCGUCAUCCUUAGCCAAGACGACAUCCGGAGGAUAACAAUUGACAGCAUGCCAGAGACUGUUGAUGGCCUUCACUUGAUGCUGAAGAACAAGCUUGGAUUGGAAGGUGACUUGGUGGUGCAGUUCCAAGAUCCAGAGUUCGAUAAUGAGCUUUGCAACUUGAGUAGCAUGUCAGAGCUGCCUAAGGACAAAGUGACUUUGAAAGUAUACAGCAAGAAUCUUGAAUCCUAUCAUACAGACUCAACCUUAGACACGGCAAGCCUAUCCACAUCCGCUGAGGGAAGCCCCUCUGCCAGUCAUACCCGUCAGCUGCCACAGCCAUUUGACAUCCCUACUUUUUCGUAUGAUGUGGAACUUAAGUUGAAGAAAGGAAAUGAAGCCUUCCAUGAAGAUGGAACCCUUCUUGAUGUGUCCAAAGACACAAAAUCAGACAUUUUGGAUAAAAUAGCAGAAGCCAUCUAUGUCCACAACGCAUACCCAACACGUGAAGAUUAUGACUUGGUGUCACAAGCUCUCGUCGACAAACAUCCCUGUCUGAGGGAACCAGGAUCUGUCAGCGGUUGGUACUGUUGGAAAUUUAGCUUGAAGUUCAAAAUGGGAAACUUCAGACAGAAGCUACGAUUGGCUGGAUGCCCAGAGCUCAACAUCAACUCGCGCUCUUCAGGUACACCUGGGAAAGGAAAACUUAAGAGGGCCAGAAAAUCUGAAGUCAAUUUCCUGCCAGACAUCCCAGAGGGAAAAACACAACGUUCCCUCGAAGAGGAAAGAACCGAGAUGGUCACCGAAAUGAAGAAAAGGAAAAUUGAUUGGCAGAAAAUAAAAGGAUUGAUGACCAGCACUUUUUCUUUACGGAGAAAAACAAUUGUGGAGGAUGAGCCACCUGUGGCGGAUGUCAGAGAAAGAUGGCCGGCACUGUUCUCUGAACGUCAGAUUGAAGCAGAGUUUGCUCGCCUUACGUCUGUUGACCUGAAAGACUCCCUCUUCGCUGGCCUUGACAAGUAUCUACUGAGGUUCCUUGGGGUGUACAGGGCCAGGAUGGGUCUGGUGGAGCUGAACAGCCUUUUGAGGACUCUGGACAUUGAUGUCCGUUGGUUGAUAUAAGUCUGUUCACACAAAGCCAAUUAAAUCUACCUAAUCCAUUUUUCUUAUCUAUCUAGUCCAUAACCUUCCCAUGUGUUACAGAUCAUAGAGCAAUAGUUUCAAAACCUCUUGUAGACUCACAUUUUGAGCUAGAACUUUUGGCAUACUUCUAUAAUGAAAAGUUAUUUAUUUAAUUUUAGUCCAAUAGCCAUCUUUUCCGAACAUAUUGACUAUUUCUGAACUGAAACAAGUAUGAAGACUUAAGUAGAAUAUAUAACAUCACUUAGAAUUAUAUUCUGAUUUCUGGUCUAAUACAUCCCAUCUGUAUGUUUAUUAUUUUUACAGGUUCCAACCAAAGGCAAAGGGCAGUUGUUUUGAUGGGGCUCCCCCACUACUUAAAAGAUGGGUCCACACUGUACAAGAAAGUACAGGUCACAGAUGCAGAGGAGGACUGGACAAAGGGAAUGGCAGUCGGCAUCCUCAUGGUGGCACAGAUUGAUGAGCUGGUCCGUUUCGCAGUGGUCCUCGAGGAAGAGAUCAUCUUUCCAAGCCUAAGUGAUUUCCCAACUGCUGUGGCACUGCUGAUGGGUCUGCUCUUUGCCCUUAACAUCGACUACCCCAGGGGCCUUAGGUACACUUUUGAAGUUAUUCAGAAGGUGCUUAUGGACAUUGGUGGAGGGCAAUGCUCUGCCUUGGUUCAUGGCUUAAAAAACCGACUCUUGAGGAAGAAAAUGUAAGCUUAAAAAGCACAGUUUACGCAAAAGUGAACAUUGUUGAGUGUUAAAUGGACUCAUUUAAGGUUAGGUGUUUGCGAUCUGAACAAAGCAAGGUUCUGCAUUGGUUCAUGGUGUAAGAAAUUAAGUUGUUGAAACCGUGCAUGUUUAAGAGUUCAAGCAGAGUUUACUGUGUUUUGGUAACAACCAAAUGUCACCAUCUUCAUGGGUUUGUGGAAUGAAAAUAGGUGAUUGUAUUAACAUGUAAGAUCUACUGAAUAUAAUCUGAAUGCCAACCAAAUGUGGACAUGGUAUGAGAAAUUGACUCUUAAUUGAAAACCAUGCAAGUUACAGCACCAACUUCAUUCUAGUUAACUAAAUAAAGACCUGGAUGGGCAUUAUAUUUUGACACUUUAUCAGUGUAAAGUGAAUGGCCGCUGUAGAAGAUUUAGACACUGUCUAGAUGUGGGGGACAGCAAUACAGACAAUUCUGGGUUGUUUACUUACUGAUCAUUUUUUAUGCACUUUUUGUAAAUCCACAUAGUUGCAUGGCAACAAAUUAUUCUUUUUUCAAGUUGACACCACCUAUAUAUAAUGUGUAUUUUUGGUUGUCAUUUACAACUUGAAAUGCAUAUUUUCAGACUAGUUUUCCCCCUGCAUCCCUUUUUUUAUGUUUUGUUGCACUAUUUGUAAAAGCAAAUUGUUGAAUGCCAACUAAUGUUAUCACAAUACAAAUCUGUAGGAGAAAUUUGGGGGAGGAAAUAAUUUUAGGAUUGAUACCUAAAUUAAAUUCAUUAAAAUAACAAGUAUUUUGCGAAUAUGUGUGCAUAGUAUAAUUGGUAACAAAAUAAUAUAUGCAGAAAAGGGCUGUAAAAAUCCUCAACAGUACAGAUUUGUUAUUUUGAUGACGUGUCGGUACAGUUGUAACUUGUUACUGUUUUGUUUUUUUUUUAUACGUGAAGAUUUCAUCUUCAGUAAAAAAAAAGAAAAAGGUAGGCCUACAAUAAAACUGUUGGUCUGUGACUGCCAAAAUCUCUGGUGUAAAGGCUCGUCAUUUACUCUUUUGAAAUAAAAUCCUUAGACGUAAUUAAAUGUGAUGUAUGCAGAUAAUAUGUAUUGAGCAAUGUUUUUACAGGUUAAAAAGAGAAAUAUUAUCCACUUAGAAAUGUAAGUAGAUCUUAAUAAGAGUAUUUAAGAUAUUGGUAAGUGCCAAUAACUAUUACAUCAGUUAAAUUAACUUGUAAAUUUAUGUAAACUUGAUUGAGGUUUAUAUUCAAUAAGUUCAUAAAUGUAAGUACAACUCACUAGUAUUGCAGUUAAAUCAACUUUUAAAUUUAUGUCAUCUUGAUUGGGGUUUGUCUUCAAUCAGUUCAUAAAUGUAAGUACAUCUCACUAGUUUUGUAGUUACAUCAACAAGAAAAUGUAUGUUACUUAUACUGCUAUUUAAGUUUAAUCAACUAAUACAUUUAAGUAGUUUUGACUCAAGAUGAAGUUAUGUCAACUAAAGGUUUCAAGUAAUAUGGACUGAAGAUGGAGUUGAGUCAACUAGAAAUAUCUAUUUAAGUUAACUUAUUGUCUUAGUUGUCUUGACAUAAAAUUUCAAGGCAGCAUGGACACUUGAAUUUUUAAGUUGAAACAACAAGUUCGGGUU